ACCGCACCACCACCCACAACCACUCUCAUCAGUCCAACGCAUACCCCUCUUUCUGUCUCCCUUAGGCAGAGAAACAAAAGCCUCAAGCAGAGAGUGGGCUCAGCCACAGCCCCCCCAGUCCCUCACACCUCAACCACUUUGAUUAGCUGACGUUAACUGCUUUCCAUUUGCGUGUUUAGUGCCGGACUCCUACACUUCGACUUCACCUUAAAAAAAGUCUUACGUGUUUCGCUGUCGCGUGCACACUCCACCCCCACCUCCCCUCGCGCACGUUAGGCGCCCCACUCAUCAGGCAGCCCCAGUAACCAACCAACCGCCCCCACUCUCCCCUCUUCUAUCCCUCUUUACUCCCUUCCAGGCCCCCCUUUUUUGUCAAACCGUCAAAAACAAAUGCUCCCAUUUCUUGCUAACUUACGCCUCCCCUCUCUUUCUCUUAUCUUACACCCGCCGCCGCCUUCGAUACCCUCAUGUCAACUCCAACUUCUCCUCCACAAUCCUCCUCCGCCACCGCUACAAGGCGGGUCCCUCCGCCGUGCUGGAGCAAGGAGGAAACCCUGGCGUUGAUUGAGGCUUACAAGGAGAAAUGGUUCGCUCUUCGGCGUGGGAACCUGAAGGCACCCGACUGGGACGCCGUCUCCACCGCCGUAACCUCGGCAGCUGAUCCCGGGACCACGAAGUCGUCCGUUCAAUGCCGCCAUAAGAUCGAGAAGCUGAGGAAACGGUAUCGUGCGGAGAAGCAGCGGAGCCUUAAGAAUCCAGGCAAGUUCUCUUCUUCUUGGGACUUGUUUCCUCUGCUUGAUUCUAUGAGUUUUGCAUCAACUUUGGUCGCUGGAUCUGAUGAUCAAGAUCAUACUGUUGACAGCAAAGUCAGUGUGUUUGAUGGGUUUGGCUUGAAAUUGAAGAAUCGUGAAUGGAUUGAUGGGAAUUCUGGGUCUAAUAUAGGUUUUGAUCAUGAUCUUAGAGGUGGGUACGGUUCAAAUUUUGAUUUUGAUCACAAAUUUGAAGGUCGAUAUGGGGUGAAAUUGCAGGGUAAUAGGGAUUUUGUGGCUAAAGGGAUUAAAUUUAAGAGUAAUGGUAGACUUGGCGAUGGGUAUGGUUCUAUGGUUGAUUUUGAUCAUAAUUUUGUUGAAGGUGUUGAUAAUGUUGGAGAGUUUCCUCUCAAGACCUUAGGUGAUAGGAAUUUAGUGAACCCGGAAUUUAAGCCCAAGAAUUUUGGUAGCCCUAAUUUAAAUUAUGAUUAUUAUAAUGAUUUGGAAGAUUAUGGCAUUGAUGAAGGAAUGGGGUUUCUAGGAAAAGUUUCAAGUGCUUGGGAUUCAGUGCCUCAAGGUUUUCAUCCUAAGAAAUGUGGUAGAGUUGAUAGGACCACGGAGGUUGAUUGUAGGGGUUUGAAUGGAUUUGCUUCUUCUUCAAGGCCAGGGCUUGGAAGGAAGAAUGGUGGUGUUAGAGUCAAGAAGGGUGUGGAUCCGGUUGAGGAGAUGGUUUCCUCAAUUAAGUUAUUGGCUGAAGGGUUUGUGCGAAUGGAGAAGAUGAAGAUGGAGAUGGUGAAGGAGAUUGAGAAGAUGAGAAUGGAGAUGGAGAUGAAGCAUAAUGAGAUGAUACUUGAGUCACAACAAAAGAUUGUGGAUGCAUUUGCCAAGGCGUUGUUGGAAAAGAAGAAAAGGAAGAAGAAACCAUCUGCGCUAUCACCUAAUGUGAAUGGAAAUGCGGUUGAAGAAUGGCAAAGCGAUGAUAUGAUAAAGAAAAAAAAGGUAGAUAUAGUGUCACCUAAUGUUCAAAUAGUAUAGUUUACUUACAUGGUUACAUUUAUGUUAUCUUUUAAGUUUGGUUAAUUUUUUUUUUUUGGAAACAGAGCAACUUAGAUUGAUGCUCUUUUUUGAUUCAAAAUUAAGGAGGAAUUUAAAGAAGGAGAUUAUCUCUCAUAAUUUGCCAGUGUCCUUAAUCUAUUCAUAUGUGAGUUUGUGAUGGCUUUUAA